AUGCAAUUCUCCAUCAACACCCUCCUCUUCGCCCUCGCUGGCACCCUCAGCCUCGUCCACGCCUCCCCAGCCGGCGUCGCCUCCGGUGACCUCAUCACCCCUCGCGAAGCGAUCCCGUUCCCCGAGCCCAAGGCCAACUGCUGCUCCUGCGACCUCGAGGACCGCGGCGCCGGAAACUACGUCUGCAAGGUCGCCAAGAAGAGCAUCUGCGCCGUGCCGCUCAUCGCGUGCCCGCUCGACCCGGCCACCCAGGAGCAGUGCUGCUGCUGUGACCCCAAGACGCCCGCCAUGCGCUGCAAGGCGAUCCCCAAGGGUAGCGGCUGUAUCUGUACCGCUGUCAAGUGCCCUUUCCAGUUUGACAUGUCGUUCUUGCCGGCGGGCGCUGUCUGA